AUGCGAAAUCCCGGACCCCACACACAUACAUCAAUUCUCGAUAAGCUGCCUUCUGCUAUGGAAAUGAGCGACAGAAGGCUUACCGAAUGGGUGUACAAAUUCAUAACGUCGGCUCACUCAAGCAACGAAGAGAUCUCCAGUAAAUUAAGGAUAUUCUACAAGAAGUGCCUUGAUUGGUAUACGGAAAUUCUCGCCGUUGCAGAGAAGGAUUUCGGUAGAACGCCAUUUGUACUAUUUGUCCAGCCCUUGACCAAUGUCUACAUAGAAGAUCCCGGUAUUGGGCCACACAGGAUAUGUAACGAAGCUGCGCAAUCCAUCCUAGCGCUGGUUCAAUCUUACGACGACCUUUUCACUCUUCACCGGGUGAGUGGGCUUAUGCCCUAUUUUGUCUGCGCUGCAGGUCUUCUUGGUAUCGCCAUGGAAACAAACUGCAAAGCUAUGAAACCGGUACACCUACGCCUCAAACAUGAUCCACCAGGGAAUACAGCCAGGCCUAUCCAAGAAGUGUCCGUUAUAAAAUUCAAUGAUCCUCCGGCAACCUCGUCGUACAUUACAAUGUCGGCGACGGACCACGCACGCCAGUUACUUGCCAAGAUGAGCUCAACGCAUCUGGCAGCAAAGAUCGCCGAGAACCAGCUUGAAGCGAGCCCAGGCAAUUCUGGAGAUAUGUGA